AUGACGGGGAAACAAGGCGCCGUGCUGUCGGAAAGUUUACAUUUAUCGGAGAAAAGCUCUCCGGGUGCAAAUGGAGGGAGUAACAACCACCAGCCGAAAAGCAGCGCGACCCAUCCGCCGUCCAGGUGCACCGGCUUUGGCAUCCAGGAGAUACUGGGGCUGAAUAAGGAGCCGUCCGCGGCGCCGAGGAGCCCGCUGAGCUCGCUGCCGACCGCGGCGCACCUGAUCGCCGCUCGGUCCUUCCUGGGCCCCGCCGGCAUGGGUGUGGGUGUCGGGAUGGGAUUAAUCGACCCUUGUAGAAUACCGUCGUUUUACAGACAACCAGUGUUUUUGGAGUCUGUGCUCUCGAACGCACGAGACGUUCACCUGCAGCCUCACAGCAGGUCCGUCGGGCCGCUGGACAUCAGCCAGUCCGCCAGCUCAGACUCAGAUGAUUUGUCUUCAAAUGAAAGAAAACUCUCAAAGUCAUCAGUGAGUCAAAGCAAGAAACGGAAGAAAAGACGCCACCGGACGAUAUUCACCUCAUAUCAGUUGGAGGAGCUGGAAAAGGCCUUUAAUGAAGCGCACUACCCGGAUGUUUAUGCCCGAGAGAUGUUGGCCAUGAAAACAGAGCUACCUGAAGACCGAAUACAGGUGUGGUUUCAGAACCGCAGAGCCAAGUGGAGGAAGAGGGAGAAAUGCUGGGGCCGCAGCACAGUGAUGGCCGAGUAUGGGCUGUAUGGAGCCAUGGUGAGGCACUCUAUCCCCCUGCCAGAGUCUAUCCUCAAGUCUGCCAAGGACGGCAUCAUGGAGUCCUGCGCCCCCUGGCUGCUCGUCCAAGAUGGCUUACCAAUCAACAGACGCUAUUCUAAAUCUGAAUACCCGCAACUCUUUGCAGGGAUGCACAAAAAGUCCACAGAGGCGGCGGUCCCCCCAGCAACAGGGCAGUGUGAUGCGGCCCAGCAGCCGAGCUCUCAGAGGGCGGAAGAAGCCGAGGCGGAGGAGAAGAGGUCAGAGGGCAAGUCCACCAUUUCUAAAGAGGAACUGAGAGAGAACAGCAUUGCUGCACUCAGGGCCAAGGCACAGGAGCACAGUGCCAAAGUGCUGGGGACGGUUUCUCAGGACAGACUGCCGGAGGGCCACCAGGAGAGACCGGCGGCCGAGGAGAAAGCCGCUGAUCCCCUGAGUCCUGCAGAGGAAGAGAAAAGUCCCUAG